CUCCCUGGGGCUGAGAAGGGACCAGGAGCCACAGACACCAGAGCUGGAGCAGACCUGGUCCCCAUGGAAAACACACCAUCAGCUGGCAAAAUGCAGGGGGUAUCCAAGAAAGCCUCACAAAUAUUUCAGCAAACCUGUGCUCUCCUGUGGAAAAAUAUUCUUCUGGUGUGGAGGAUGAAGUCAAAAAGUUUUCAGGAAUGGGUGGCAUCGCUGCUUUUCCUCUACAUCCUGCGUGACUCUGCGGGGCUGAUCGUGAACUACCCCACCCAGGAGUUCCCCUACAAAUUCCUGGGCAGCCUGGACGACCCAGCCUUCAACGCCUCGGGGGUGACACUCAUGUACACCCCUGCCACCAACACCACCAGGAGAAUCAUGGCAAAAGUGGCUUCCAGCUCGCCACUGAGGGGUGUAAUAAUAGAAGAGGUGGAAAAUGAGGCAAAAAUGGAAGAAAAAGGAAUUUUUGACGAGGAGGAAACUAUUGGUGUUGUUUUUAAGGAUGACUUCUCCUACACUCUCAGAUUUCAGCUGGGCAGAGCAGUGUUUCCAAAUGAAGGCUUUGAGCACAUUGAAACCUGCUGGGAUUUUUCAUCGAAGCACUGCAAAGUUCCUCUCUACUGGUAUGGGGGCUUCCUCUCAGUGCAGUCCAGCAUUGAUGCAGCACUCAUAGAAAUGAAAACCAACCACUCUGUGUGGAAAGAAAUGAAGUCAAUUACUGGAGUUCACCUGAAAACCGUGAUGAAACCUCUGUUUAAACUGGAUUACCUUUGGUUUGUUAUCUGUGCCAUACUCAGCUACUGCCCAUUCAUGCACUUUUUAUCAGUGAAAGUUCUCAAGGAGAAGAAGAAGCUGAAGAUAUUGAUGAGAGCAAUGGGGCUGCAGGAUAUUGCCUUCUGGUUCUCCUGGAGUUUGCUGUACACUGUGUACAUCUCCAUCACAGCCAGCCUGCUGACCUGGGUCACCCUGAGUGCAGUUUUGAAUCGCUCACACAGAUUUUUGGAACUGUAUUUUUUUUAUUUCUUUUAUGGCAUGACGUCUAUUCACUUCACUUUCCUGCUCAGCUCGUUGCUAAAGCAGCCAAACAUUUCCAGUUUUGUGGGAUUUCUUCUUCACAUCCUCUUUGGUGCACUGGGCUUUUUGACGUUGUUUGAAAACCUGCCACGGGCUUUGGAAUGGACUUUAAACCUCUUCAGCCCUUUUGCCUUCACAGCUGGCCUUGCAAAGAUGAUAAAACUAGAAAAAUAUGGACCACCAUUUAGCCCAGAGUUGUACCCUUUUUAUAACCUGUACCUCAUCCUGAGCUUUGACAGUGUCUUGUAUUUCCUGCUGGCCAUCUACUUUGAUAAGGUUUUGCCUGGCAAGUACGGGGUGCCACAUCCUCCUGCCUUCUUCCUGAGAGCCUCCUACUGGCUCAGGGGCAGCACACGGAGCGUGGGGCUGAGAGGGGGCGGCAGCCACGACCCCGUCCUGGGCUGUGACACCGAGCCACUGCCACCAGACUUCCAUGGCAAGGAGGCCAUCAGACUAAACAAUAUUAAAAAAAUAUACAAGAAGAACAACCAGAGCAUCGAAGCUUUAAAGGGUUUGUCCUUAAAUAUAUAUGAAGGCCAGAUCACUGCCCUGCUGGGUCACAGUGGAUCUGGGAAAACUGCUCUGUUAAAUGUGCUCAGUGGCUUUUCCAAGCCUUCAGCAGGUUCUGCAAUGAUCUACAACUACAAUGCUUCUGAAAUGUGGGAUGUGGAAGGAAUGCAGGAAAAGGUUGGGAUUUGCCCCCAAGUUAAUUUGCAUUUUGAAGCCUUAACAGUGAAGGAAAACCUGAGAAUUUUUGCUCACAUCAAGGGGAUUCAGUGGAAGGAAGUGGAUGAAGAGGUGCAGAAAGUUCUCGUCAUGAUGGACCUCGCUGAUGUUCAGAAUGUUUGUGCUGAUGCCCUGAGUGGGGGACAAAAACGAAAACUCUCUCUUGGAAUUGCAAUUUUAGGGAACCCCCAGGUGCUGCUCCUGGACGAGCCCACGGCCGGGCUGGAUCCCUGCUCCAGGCACCACAUCUGGAGCGCGCUGCGGGAGCGCCGCGCCGGGCGCGCCACGCUCUUCACCACCCAGUCCAUGGAGGAGGCUGAUGCUCAGGCUGAUCGGAAAGCUUUCCUCUCCUGUGGGAGAUUACAGACUGUUGGCUCAUCCCUCUACUUGAAGAGAAAGUGGGGCAUUGGCUAUCACUUAAGGAUGCACAUAAAUGACCUGUGUGACCCAGAGCUUGUGUCAUCCGUGGUCAGACAGUACAUCCCUGAUGCUGUGCUCAAGGGACAGAAGAGGGAUGAGCUCUGUUUUAGGCUGCCUCUGGAAAACACUGACAGCUUCCCAGAUCUGUUCAGCCACCUCGAGAGCAGCCUCUUGCAGGGAGUUGUUAAUUAUGAGGUGACCAGGACAACCCUGGAAGAUGUUUUCCUGAAGCUGCAGGGUGAGGAAACCAUUGAUCCCGAAGGAGAUGGAGACCUCGAGGAGAGGGAGCAGAACCCCCCGGGGUUGUCCAAGCAGGGGAUGCUGGCCAUGAGUGGGAUGAUGCUCUGGAGGCAGCAGGUGUGUGCUGUGCUGAGAAUUCGCCUGCUAAGACUCAAGCACGAAGGAAAAUUCCUCAGGGGCGUAUUGCUGUUAUUUGGAGCAUUUAUCCUUCCACCACUGAUGGUUUUAAUGCUCUUUCAUCUGUGGCACAACUCCAGCAGAUGGGAAAUCUCAUCUAGCCCGUAUUUUCUUCCCACGAAAGAGAAAAUUCAAAAUAGGUCUACAAACCUCCUCAUCUUCAAUGACACGGGGUCAGAAAUCGAAGACUUCAUUGCUGCUUUGAAGACUCAAAACAUAAUCCCAGAAAUGACUCUGGAGGAAAACAUCACAAGCCUUCCAGAUUAUAAUGGAGCUAUCAAAAUAUCCCUGGAAGGCAAGAGCCACCAGUUCACGCUCAUGUGCAGCCCAGAGCCCAUCAACUGCUUCCCAGUGCUGCUGAACAUCCUCAGCAACACCUUCCUGCGGCUGCUCAAUUCCACCGCGCGCAUCCGCGCCUGGAGCCAGCUCUUCUACACGGUAGAAAAUUCAGAGCUAAAGAACUACAUUUUUUAUGGCUUAUUCACUUACCUGCUGAUUUUGGCUGCUGGUUUGCCUCCUCUCUUUGCGAUGAGCAGCGUGGAGGAUUACAAGCUCCAGGCUCGCUCCCAGCUGAGGCUGGCAGGGCUCUUCCCCUCAGCCUACUGGUGUGGGCAGGCUCUGCUGGACAUCCCGUUCUUCUGGAGCCUCAUGUGCCUCAUGUUUGGGCUCCUGGUGCUCUUCACCCGCAUCUGCCCCUUGGAGACCCGCGCUGUGCUGAGCCUGCUCGUUUGCAUCUUUGGUUAUGGGAUAUCUCUUGUCCUCUUCGUUUAUUUAAUGGCCUUCAAAUUCCGCAUGGGGCGAAGCAAUCGUUACAUUUGGUCUUUAAUCUUCAUUUUGGUGAAUUAUGCUGCUUUUAUGAACAGUGACCAUAAUGAAGUUCUUUACUACGCCUGUAUGCUGAUUCCUGUGUUUCCACCUGUAGGCUGGAUCAUGUUUUCUGGACUAAAUUUCCUCAUGUACAACGAUCACACCAUUUUUGAGACAUGGAAUUACAUCUACAUGCCUGUCCUUGCACCCUACAUCCACGGUGUGAUUUUUGCUUUCCUCCUGCGCUGUUUGGAGAUGAGAUAUGGAGAAGCAGUGCCGGGGUUUGACCCCAUCUUCAGGAUCCAGCAGAGAAGAGGGGUCCCCCAGCAGAACAAGGAGCAUCCUGGGGAGGAGCCCCCCGAGGUGCAGGCGGAGAGGGACAGGGUGCGGAGCGCGGUGACCUCGCUGCAGCAGGACGAGGACUUGGUUGUUGUCAACGGUUUGCGCAAGGAAUACGAAGUCAGGACAGCCACUUCCAUCUUUAAGAAAAAGAAGAAACUUGCUGUCAGAAACCUCUCUUUUGGUGUUAAAAAAGGAGAAGUCUUAGGUCUGCUAGGACCCAACGGGGCUGGGAAAAGCACAACUCUAAACAUGAUUUCUGGAGGUGUAGCAGUGACUGCUGGGGAGGUGCUGCUCAGGGGUGGGGAUGGAGCCCUGGGCUGGUGCCCACAGCAGGACCCGCUCUGGCCACACCUGACAGUGCUGCAGCACCUGGAGGCCUUCGCUGCCAUCAGGGGGAUGAGGGAAGAGGAUGCUGCUCUUGCCAUCAGCUGCAUAGGAAGGGCCUUGGAUCUCCUGAAGCAUUUCAAGACCCCAGCCAGGAGUUUAUCUGCUGGAGAAGCCAGGAAGCUGUCCUUUGCUCUGAGCAUCCUGGGAGAGCCAGCAGUGAUGCUUUGGGAUGAGCCCUCUGUGAGCAUGGACCCCAAAGGGCAGCGCUGCAUGUGGAAGAUGAUUCAGGCCUCCAUGAAGAGCCAGGAGAGGGCAGCUGUCCUGUGCACGCAGUCCCUGCAGGAGGUGGCAGCCAUGUGUGACCGUGUGGCCAUCCUGGUGUCCGGCCGGCUCCGGUACAUCGGUUCCCUGGAGGAUCUCAAAAGUAAGUUUGGCACGAGUUAUCACCUGGAACUCAAAAUGGCAGAGGCGGGGCAAAGCGAGGCUGUCCACAGCGAAAUCCUGAACCUCUUCCCCCACGCAGCUCGGCAGGAAAGGACUUCUUCCUUGCUCACCUACAAGAUUCCAGUGGCAGAUGCACUACCUCUGUCCAGGUCUUUCUCCAGGCUAGAAGCAGCUAAACGGAAUUUCAAGCUUGAGGAGUACAGCUUGUCACUCAACACUUUGCACCAGGUGUUUGUAGACCUCACCAGGGAUGCAGAGGAGCAGGACCUGGAGGUGGCAUCCAACGGGGCUGUGGAGCAGAGACCCCUUCACCCCUGAGUCUUGGAGCCACAGUGGGGAAUAUUCCAUGUAUUUCAUCAGUGUCACUGAGAGCUGAUCAGCUGCAGCCCCAGGUUCCCCACGUCACAGCACACACAGCCCUGCAGGUGUCCUGCCUCACAGAGAGAAAAAAAAAAAAAAGAGUUAUUAUUUUAAUAAAUAAAGCCUUUAUCCUUUCACAAA